AUGACAAAGACAGAAAACGACUAUGAAAACAAUUCUUUGAGCCGUCAGGUCACAGUUCAAUUGUCGUCGGAGCAAUAUGAGAGGCUCUUCUUUCAGCCUACAGCAGCCAAGGGUGAUCUGUCGAAGCGUCUCGGUAAUCCAACGUUGCUGGGCCUAUUAGGUUUCCUGGUUCCAUUCAGCUCGACUAUGUUCUGUCUCUGCGGCUUCCAAGGAGCUAACACAACUUCACUCGUCUCUUUGACCGGUAUCUGGUACUUCUAUGGAGGCAUGUGCAUGGUUCUUGCUGGAUUGGCAGAAUUUAUCUUGGGCAAUACCUUCCCAUUCGUCGUCUUCACGGUUUACGGUGUGCACUGGGUGCAAGGCGCCUACACCCAAGACCCCUUUCAUCCAUUAGUUGUGGCGUAUGGUGCUUCACCUGAGAACGCCCUCAAUCUCGAGUACAACGCAGGCAUCGGCCUCUACUACGUCGUCAUGGUCCUCGUCUCUUUUGUGUUCUUCCUCGGCUCACUACGUACCAACGUCCCGUUCGUUAUCAUCUUCGGCUGCCUCCUCUUCCUGUUUGGUCUUUUCGCCGCUGGACAAUUCACGGUCGGCCAGAACCCCACGGCAGAGGGUCUUGCAUAUGCAGCCUAUUUGUUCAAGAUUGCAGGUGGAUUUGGCAUGGUUUGCGUCAUUAUGGGAUGGUAUCUGGCAAUCAUCACAGCAUGUGCCAGCACAGGAGUGCCGUGCCCGCUGCCAGUGUUCGACCUUAGCACCAAGGUAUUCAGAGGCUCCAAGGCUGCUGCCAAUGAGCAUGCGGGAAGUGUACGAGCAUCGGACGUCGCAGCCUAA